AUGGACCCCAUGUGCCAGCUGUCUCGGGCACGUAGCUGUAGCACACCAGCACACGAGCCAGAGAUGAAAGACCUCAUCGUCGAGCAGUGGCCCCUCAACCCCGACGGCACAGACUGGGAUGGCACGGGCCUCAUGCCCCGCGUCAACAGCGGCCAGUGUCCCUUUGACCAAGGUCUGGGCUACAGCAUCGAUAUCCCGCACCUCGUCCGGGAGAUAGAGAUGCACCUCGAGUGCUCCGUCACGGAUAUACCCCACGCCAGCUUCGGCGCCAGCAACUUUGGCUUCGCAAUCACCACAGCCGACGGACGCACACUCAUCGCACGCCUCUCCCGCGUCGACACCAACAGGGAGGUCGCAGCCGGGACGGACCCGCUGCGCGCGAGGAGCGACGACGCCUUCGAGUUGGCGGCCUACAACGCCUUGUACGCCCUCGGCGAGCCGUUCGAUUGUCGUCCCCUGUACAGUCGCGAUGCCGACACGGCCCCUGCCCAUGCGCCCGUCGCGCCGAACCAGGGAAGACGCGUCUUCGUCUUCGUCAAGGCAGACGGUCACCCGUACCGAUACGGUCACUGGCGCGAGUUGACUGCAGAGCAGAAGGCGUGGGAGCGAACGCUGGGAGGAGACGCGCGCCGCCUGACAUCCUUCCCCGUCCCCGCGGUCGAACCGACGCGAGGCUUUUGCAUGGCCCUCGUCAGGGCCAGGAUUGAAGCCGUCUUUGCCACCGGCGGCGACGAGGCCGAGGGCAAGGACGUCAAGGACAGCAACGCCGUGCUGGACGGGGUCCGCCGCACGCUCCUUCGUCUCCUGUCCCUCUCACUGCCCCGGGACGGCUCGGAGCAGAGGCAGAAACACCGCGAGGCGGAACUGUACCGCUUCGUCCUCGACCACGGCGACUUUGGCAUCCACAAUAUGACGCUGGCCAGGGACGAUGACGAUAUGCCCCGCAUCACGUCCGUCUUCGACUGGGAGCACGGCUGCGUCGUCCCCGCCAUCCUGUCCGAGCCCAGGAUGAUCACCACCGCCGACCUCGUCCUCAGCGCUGACUAUUUGAAGCCCAUCUUUGAACGGUGGGGUGAUGGCUCCGCCCCCGAUAAGAUGGCGGAGUACAGGAAUGACACGGCAAAGUACUACAAGGAGCUCUUCAAACAAGCACCAGAAUACGAGUCCAUUCUCGGCGCCGGACGCGACGUCCGGCGUAUCUGGAUUUCCCUGCGUGACCACCGUAACCGACAGGACUCAAUAGCAUACUUUAAGCAGCUCGAGACCUGGGCCAAGACCCGCAUCGCCAUCCUCGAGACUUGUGACCGCUCUUGA